CCAAAUCCAUUCUUUUGACUCCGGUCGUGAACAGAAGUAAUUUGAGAGGUUGAGUCAUGUUUUCGUUGAAUCUAACUUAAAUAAUAAGAUAUUGUUUUUGUGUAAGUUGUCUAAUGCUUCUUUUAUAAUUCGAAAUGUUCAAACGAACUAAAGAGAAGCCUCGUCCCAAAACUAGAGCGAAGGGAGGUCUGUCUCAGUAUGGGCUGUUUGAAGUACCAGACAUCGACAACAUGACGGGCAUGGAAAAUGCUGAGCAAGAUAAUGACGAUGACCUUGAAGCAGAAUUAUUGGCAUUGACUGCUGAUGACACACCAAAACCACCCAAACGAGUGCGGCCACCUCCUGUUCCGAAAGCAAAUCUAGAUGCAAUGGUGGCAGAGAGCAUGAAAGAAAUUCCAUCGGAUGAAGAACUUUCAGGAGAUGAUGACGAUCCAGAAUUGCUGGCCGAGCUAAGCGAGCUCCAGGGUGACGAGGCAGAGCCUGCCCCUGUGGCACCCGCGCCAGCACCCAGCGCCGACUCCCCUGCCUCUGGGGGCAGCCUCGUUUCAGUCCUGGAGGAACGACUGAGAAUGUACCAGGAGGCCGAGAAGAAUGCCAAGGCAGCUAACGAGUCCUCCAGAGCCAGAAGGUUUGGACGCGGUAUCAAGACCCUGAUGGACCAGCUGAAAGCAGCCCGUGCAGGGAGAGUGGUCAACGAGGAGGACAUACCACCGCCAGUGGCAGUGAAGCUCCACAAACCUGCCGACGUGCCGCCAGCGACAGACCAGGAUGACGUGGCCCCUCCUCCCGACGCCGAGAAUGUGGCGCCCCAUCGUCCAGCACCCUUGCCACCUAGCCCGCCUGCUGCAGAGCCCGCUCCGGACAGCAGCGAGCCCACCCCAGACAGCAGCGAGCCCGCCCCGCCUGCUGCAGUCGUAGACCCCGGCUUGCUGGAUGUCCUGACCACAAGGAGGGAUCAGUACAAGUUGGCAGCGCUCAAGUUCAAGAAGGCUGGGGACUCUGACAUGGCCCUCAAGUGCAUCCGUACCGCAAAGCAAUUCGAGCUCGUACUAGCUGCUGUGAGCAGUGGGCAGUCAGUGGAUCUGAGUCAGAUGCCGCCCCCACCCUCGGAGUUGGACUCCGUGACAGCAGGCGGGGUCGCGGAGCCCCGGAGGCAGGACACAGAGACACAGAACGCCUCAGACCCGCAGCCUCCGGCUCCGGACAGCCAGCCUGCUGUCGACGGGCCACCUGCAAUGGACGAGACAGAGCUGUUCAAAGCGCCGCCACCCCCGGCCUCCGUGAUGGAGGCCCUGGAGCAGCGGCUGGCCAAGUACCGCGGAGCGGAGCAAGCGGCCAAGGAGGAGGGCAACUCCGGCAAGGCGCGGCGCAUGGGCCGCAUCGUCAAGCAGUACGAGAACGCAGUGCGGCUUCACAAGGCGGGGAAGCCGAUACCGGUCGACGAGCUGCCGACCCCACCCGGUUUCGCCCCGAUCCCGGUCCCAGGAGUGGCAGCACCACCUCCACCACCACCGGUCACGCCUCCGCAGGCCAGGCCUGUGCCCCCCUCCCCUCGGCCUCCCCGGGCCGAGCCCGAGUCGUCGCCCUCCUCCUCCCGCUCGUCGGGCUCCCCGGCAGCGUCGCCGGCGGAGAGGGCCAACGUCCGCAAGAGCCCCCAGUCCAGGCAGGAGAAGCAAUUGGCGUUCCUGCAGGCCCGGCAGAAGGAGUUCAAGCUGGCUGCCCUGCAAGCCAAGCAGAAAGGCGAGAUCAACCAAGCCAAGGAGUACCUGAGGCUGGCGAAGGGGUUCGACCCUCUCAUUGAAGCGUCCAACUGCGGCUUGCCCGUCGACAUGGCAACUGUGCCGGUGCCUCCUGAUUCAAAAGUGGUGCUGGAAUCAGAUUUUGACAUAGUAACGGUUGAUGACUGUAUCCCGGGAAGUGAUGCAGAAAUAUUUGAAAAGCUGGAGGAAGAUUUGUUGAAGCAAGCCAAGAUGUGUUUGACUACACGUGACCACUUUAAGGCUAUUGGUGACGUAGCAAGUGCCAACAGAUUCGAACAGCUGGCCCUGCAUGCAAAGAAGGAUUUGAACGCAGUACAGUGUGCUCAUCGACGCAGUGAAGCGAUUCCAAAGUUUCACUACGAAACAAAAACCUUUUCAAUUGUGCAGUGCUGUACAGACCUUGGUGAUAAUGAUUUGGAGUUAACAAUAAUUCGUGGUAUUAACUAUACUGUUUCGAAUCCCAAGGAUGUUGACACAUACGUCAAGUUCGAGUUUCCUUAUCCAAGCGAAGACCCUCCCAAAGAUCGCACGGCCGUGGUGAAAGACACAAACAACCCGGAAUACAACCAAGUGUUUCCACUGACCAUUGCCCGUAGUUCGCGAACUUGUCAGAGAAUGUUUAAAAGACAUGGAAUCAAGUUGGAAGUGUGGUCCAAAGGGUCAUGGCGACAUUGUAUGUAUAACGCCAUGUGUUGUUGUUGUGUGGAGAACAAUAGUAAACCAGAAACCACGAGUGGUUUCCUGCGUUACGACACGUUGAUUGGAACAGCAACCGUGAAGCUCCAACCCCUGGAAACAAAGUGCAUUAUUCACGAUUCAUUCGAUCUGCUGGAGGGCCGGAAGCCGGUGGGCGGCAAGCUGGAGGUGAAGGUGCGGGUUCGCAACCCCAUAGUCAUCAAGCAGGUGGAGCAGGUGCAGGAGAAGUGGCUGGUGAUAGACCACUGGUAGCGGCAUCUCUCCCGAGGAUCACAUCUGUAUUUUAUAUGCUUAUACAUGCAAAUGCUGUGAAACAGCGUGUGUACAACUGCAUGUGCAAGAGAUACGAGUUGUGCAGCUAGCUACGUAAAAUAUCCUUUAUUUAUUCUAAAAAAGCAUGAAUUUAUAUGUGAGUUCUGCUUGGCGUAAAUAAGACACGUGCAUGACGUUAAGUACUUUUGGUAUUUCUUUCGUACUUCUUGGUACAAAGAUGUAAAUAAUGCAACUGAAAAUUUUCAAGGAAUACAGUGAAUGAAUAAUGCAUUAUUAAAGUACUCAUUGUUUGCUUUUUAAGUUAUUGUUAUAUUCACAUUCAAAUAUUUUCUAUCUUCUACAAACCAAUUAGUAUCUUCAGAUUCCUGAUGAAGUACAUUUGGUAUGAAUUCAGGCCACCCAUUCCAAUGUUAUAUUAUAUUAAAAAAAAUUCCAUAAAUCAUAGAUAGUGAUAAAUAAAUAAGCAGAUAUUAUUAGGUGUGUUAUUAUAUAUUGCUGAUGUAAUCAAAUUUUAUUUAGGUAAUUUAAGUACAUCAAUCCCUCACUUAGUAAGUCUUCAUAUUGCGCAAAUUCAUUUAGCGCGAUGUUAAUUUUAAUGCCCCAGUCUUGAAUAGCACGUCUGUAAAUUUCAGUUAGCGCGAAAUCUCCGCAGGCAAAAAAAAAGUCGGGCAUGACACCACGAAGUCUGUUUCAACUUCUGUAAACAACAGAUGUGCUGUGGCAUACAGUUAGCCUUACAAGGGGGGGAAGAGAUGCGCGCGCAGAUCUGGCUAUGCUAUCAGCUGUUGUACAAACAUCAGCUAUGGCAAGUUAAGUUGCGGCUAUGGAGUGUAAAGGACCAAAUGUUUUUACGUCUGCACGUAUGCCUCCGUGCCGUCCCGUUAUCGCCCAUCUACAGACCAGGCCGUGAUGAACUUCAGUCUAGCCAGUGGCAGGGAACUCACACAACACAAAGCAACAUUUGCCCAUUCAUCUGCUGGUAACUGUACGUGCGAAAGCCCCUGCAGUGGGAAUUAUAGUGGAAUCAUGACUUCCAAGUGAAGCAUAAUGCAUCAUGUUCAAGUGUUUGAGACAAAACUAGAAAUAUUACAGUGUGCAGAUUGUCAUUAAGGCCACAGUUAUGUUGGUCGCACUUAAGUUUUUAAGCAAGUCAAUUGUGUGCCAAUCGUACAAAAUAAGGACUCUAUCAAAUGUUUAUAUAAGUCUGAUUCUGUUGGUUGUACUAAUGGAAAUAUAUUUGAUAUUUGAUACCGGAACAGAAACGAACAGAUGAUUCAGAUGGAAAAGGUUGUUAAAUGAAUGGUGCAAUGAAAAAAAAAUCACAGGACUGACAGAUUGAUGUGAACCAAGCGGUGAAACACAAAUAAGCACUUUCAUUUUUGAAAAAUUAAAAAUGUAAAUAUCCGGACAGUAAAGGAUCGUUUUAGAAAUUUCGCGGGGUACGCGACGUGAGUUGGUCACGCCUGGGCGGGCAAGUCAACCAGCUGAUUGAUGAUAACUAUCUCCCAUUACACUGCGUGGAAUUUGUUAUACAAAGUAUUCAAUGGUGUGACAUAUUUAUCAUUGAGUGUUAUUCUAUACAUUUAUAUUACGUGAAGAAUAUUUCCCUACACAUUUUGGAACACAUUAAGUUAAUUAGCCUUGCUAUUUAUGGAGACAAGUGCUUCAGAUUACACGAUUUUGGAUAACACGAACAUUUUUAGGAACGCAUUAGUCGUGCUAAGUGAGGGAUUGGUGUAUUGCAUCUGUGAUAUACAAACCCUGAAAAAUGUAUUGAAAUGUAUUGUGUGUUCUAUAUAAUGUAGAAUUGUGUUUAUAGACUUUAAAAAAAAACCUUGAUUACAAAUCAAUUUGAUCUGUUUCAUAAAGAACAUUGUGGAGCUUGUAUACAUUGUACAUAAAAUUUAAAAAAAUAAACAUUGUUCCUGAUAUUCAGAUUAGAGAAUAAAGAUUAGUGCUGAAAUCUUCUCAUUAGUAUUGUAUUAUUUGACAGAUGGGAAAAAAUCUAUUUUUAAAGCUUUUUGCACGUAAAAAUGUGUGCUAAAAUAAGUGUUCUUAUUCUGUAAUCUGUUUUAAUUUCUGUAUAUGAUUUCACUCAUGCUGUGGUUUCAGUGCUUAUAGGAUUGUUACAAAAUGAAGUAUUGUAUAUUUUUAUAUUAUUUAUGUGCAAUUUUAGUACUGAAAUGUGUGCUUAUUGAUUCAUUAAAAUAUAAAUUGUUGAA